AUGGGCGUCCAUUUUCUCAGAAAUAUAACUCAUGCUAAGCAGAUUCUGCAGCAAGUCCGUCUGACACCCUGUGCAGCCAAUGUGCCUAAAGGACACUUUGCUGCUUAUGUUGGAGAAGUCUGCAAGAAGCAGUUUGUGGUUCCAAUUUCUUAUUUGAAGCAUCCUUCGUUCCAGAAGUUGCUGAGUCAUGCUGAAGAAGAGUUUGGGUUUGACCAUCCCAUGGGAGGUCUCACAAUCCCAUGCAAAGUAGAAGACUUCAUUGAUCUCACUCAUAGUUUGAAUUGCUAA